AAGAGUCACCAGAAAAGGGGGAGAAUUUUCAAACGAUGCGGAAGGAAAGUGAGGAUUCGUGUUGUCUGUCCCUCAGGCAGGAGUUUCAGCGCUCCAAGUUCUCGCUGCACCACACGGAUCCCGGUGUGUUUUGUCGCUCCCAGUGGCAGCGUGGGGAACGAAGUGUCCUCUGGCUUCUGUACCGCUGGCUGCUCGCCGCUUUCUAUUCCGCUGGCGUGAUUGGAAGUCUGUUAAAGGUGUUCAACGAGGGCACUUGGUUUAUUUAUCUCACGCAUUGGGGCUUCAGUUUGUGCCUGUUUGCCAGCAUCUAUGGUGCUGUGGUGGCUAGCAUUUACUUCAGCAAACCCACGUAUUUCGCUCCUGGCAGCGUGGCGCUGAAGAUCUAUUGGCUUUCCCAUUUCACAACUGUGGCGCUCUCGAUGCUGGUAACGUUGAUCUACUGGGCAGCGCUGUAUCCAUCCAUGCCCGAAAUGGGUGCAGAUUUGAACAACCUCUGGGAGCACGCCUUCAACUCGAUUUUUAUGAUCCUGGACUGCUUCAUUCUGGCUUUUCCCACGCACAUCCUGCACGGUAUCUAUCCCCUGGCGGUGAUUCUUACAUUUGGAUUUUUCUCGCUGGUUUACCACUGGUGCAACGGACAUGAUUUCGAUGGCAAUCCUUUUAUAUAUCCCAUCCUGGACUGGGCUCGACCAGGCCUGGCCAUUGGCACGCUUUGUGGUUGCUUGCUGCUUGUGUGCUGCUUCUCCGUUUGUGUCUUUGGGCUGUACAGACUCCGCCUGAGCAUCUACAAUUGCUGUGGGAGAGAACAGAAAAUAGUCCCAACUGCUUGACAUUGAA